AUGAAUAAUUCAAAUAUAUGGACAAUAAGCUUUGCUUCAGUUUUUUUUGUUGCAACAGUUUAUUUUUUAUUUAUUUUCACAAUACCUCUAUUAGAAAAAGCGGAUGAUGGUCAAACGAAUUUAGUAAUAGUUGACACCACCACUUCAUCAAAUAUCACCACAAAGUCAAAUUUAGUCAAGUAUGUGGACACAAUUGAAGAAUGUCCAACUCUGCCUCCACGUGAUGUCGAAAAUUUGACAGUUCAUGAUUUGAGAGCAGAUGAUAUCACUUAUAUAAUGGCGUUGGGCGAUAGUAUCACGGCAGCAUUUGGUGCAAAAGGUCUACGUGGACAUGAUGAAGAGAAAUUUUUGAUAGAAUCAACUAAUAAAAAGCAUAAAAAACAAAUUAAAAAGGACAAAGAGUUUUUAUAUGUACUAGAUCAGCAGAAAAAAUAUUUAAAUAAUAAUGAUGAUGACAACGAUCAUGACUACAAUGAAUCUAUACAACCAUUUGAUCCUAGAAAUUUAUACGAGAAUCGUGGUUUAAGUUUUGCAAUUGGUGGUGAUGAAAAUGCAACUAGCUUGGCAAGAUUUUUGAAUUAUUAUUCUAGAUAUGGCUUGAUUGGAGCACCUUUACAAGAUCGUUUGAAUGGUGCAGAAUCUGGUGCAAUGGCAAGUAAUAUUUAUAAACAAGUUGAUUAUCUUUUAUGGCAACUUGAUCUUGAAAAAUCUCAUAGAGGUACAAGAUUCGUUGAUGGAAAUUGUAAUAAUAUGAACACAUCACCUGAAAAGUUUGAAAAGGUUAUACGUGACACGCUUGACAGCAUUAUGAAUAGAAUACCAAAUACAAUAGUAAAUUUAAUGGGCGUGUUCAAUGUAUCUCAAGUUUAUGAUGUGACACAUGGACAAAAAUAUUGUAAAUGGUAUGAUGUUCCUUAUAUAAAUUUCGAGUGUACUUGUGCAUUUGCUCCAGGCGAAUUUGGUGUUCUAAAUCGAAAAAUUAUGGAUGAUUUAGCAGCAAAAUAUAAUACCAUUUUACAAAAUAUAGUUGCUGAUUACUCUAAACUAGAAAGAAAUGAUUUUGCUAUUGUUCAUAAUCGAUUUGAUUUAAAUUUAACCACUUUUCCAAUUGAUGGAUUAAGUAAUAUUGACUGUUUUCAUCCAAGUAAAAAAUCUCAUGAAUAUAUCUCAAAGGUACUUUGGAAUAGUUUAGUAACACCAUUCAAAGAACGUGAAUCCGUCAUUAGUUGGGAUGAUGACAUUAAAAUUAGAUGUUUUGGUGAAGAUGACAGGAUCAUUACAUACUAA